GCUUUGCCUUGCUUUGUGUCUUUCUUUCAUAGCUUGCUUUUCUCGCUCGCUUGCUUCUGUUUCUCACUUCGGUUGCUCGCCCAUCUUGUUCAGCCUCAUUGUUAUCCACUGCUUGAGAGCAACAGCAUCGCAAAUACCUUCUUUUUUCCUUUUUUGCGGCACAAUUAUAUGCACGCGGCAUCGGUGAUGAUGCGAAGUGGGAGGCGGAGGGGACGAGGAGGAGGAGGAGGAAGAGGCUGCUGAAGGAUGCGAGCCAUGGCGCUUUGGCUGCAGAUGUUGAGAUUGGAAGGUGGGUGCAGUGGUUAGGGCAAUGGAUCCAAGCGGGUAGCAGUGACAGUGGAGCUCCUCGCUGAGGUGUAGGUCAUCCUGCGGGUGAUCUUUCGUGGCUGUAACUGGGAGCUGUUAGUGCGUGAGCUUGAUACAGGGAUGGAACUUGUAGGGUAUUUUUUCUAAGUAUGCAGAGGGAUAGAGUCGGGUGCAGAAGAGGACACGGCAUAUCUUAGUGGUAGGAUUUAGAAAAGGUAUGCGACCAUGACAACACAAGACUUCUUCACGUUUCAGGAUGAUUUUAUGGAUUAUCGGAGGCUGCAGGAAGCCUCUGACAUGUCUGUGUCGAGCACUGGAAGCAUACCGAUGAGCAUGAGCAAUGGUGGAAACUCGGUAACAAUGAUGUCACAAGCGGAUAGUAGCGUGGGAUCCUAAGCUUAGAAUUCCACGUGGACAAGUCUUAUGCACCGUGAUCUCCACCCACGGCCACCUAAUGGGAAUGCGUCGGUGGGGAAUAGUGUGGUCAUGCCAGGCAUUGUCUCGCAUACCGUUGGAGAAGAUGUAUUAGCUGCUGCUCUCAUGGACCCAAGGUAUCAAACCGAAGGUCUGGAAGGAUACGAUGACUGGACUAUUGAUCUGAGGCGACUGCAAAUGGGUGCUCCUUUUGCGCAGGGCGCAUUCGGUCGACUAUACAAAGGGACCUACAAUGGGGAAGAUGUAGCCGUCAAAAUAUUGGAAAGACCUGAGAAUAACGUCGAGAAGCAGUUAAUGAUGGAGUCUGCAUUUGCCAAGGAGGUGACCAUGCUUGCAGCUGUGAAGCAUCAAAAUGUGGUACGGUUCAUUGGAGCUUGUCGUAAGCCUAUGGUCUGGUGCAUAGUUACGGAAUACGCAAAGGGAGGAUCAGUGCGGUCGUUUUUGAGUAAACGGCAAUCUCGAGCAGUACCGCUUAAGCUCGCAGUGAAACAAGCUCUGGACGUCGCCAGGGGCAUGGAGUAUUUACACAGUCUGGAAAUUAUCCAUAGAGAUUUGAAGUCCGACAACUUGCUCAUUGCAACGGAUAAAUCUAUCAAGAUUGCAGAUUUUGGCGCUGCUAGGAUAGAAGUGCAAGUCGAGGGCAUGACUCCAGAGACGGGAACUUAUCGAUGGAUGGCUCCGGAGAUGAUUCAGCACAGACCCUACAAUCAUAAGGUGGACGUGUACAGCUUUGGCGUUGUUUUGUGGGAGCUUGUGACAGGCCUGUUACCCUUCCAAAAUAUGACUGCAGUGCAAGCAGCUUUUGCAGUGGUGAAUCGAGGCGUCAGACCCCCAAUACCAGACACUUGUCCCCCAAAUGUUGCUGAUAUCAUGACCCGUUGUUGGGAUGCAAAUCCUGACGUCCGGCCCAGCUUUGCGCAGGUGGUAAAGAUGCUGGAGCAAGCCCAGGGCGAGCUAUUAACUAAAGUUGGGCGUGCUCGAUUCCGGUGUCUUUGCUUGAACCGGCCUCUAACAAGUGAGUGAUGGUUUUUUUUGAAAUGCUUUGACUUUGUUAAACAGCUUAUAUUUGAGCUAAGUUAGACUUAGGCGGGUGCCAGGGAACUUUAUUGAAGAUGGGCACGAGGCGGGUGUUCGAUCUGUAAAUUGCAUCGUCAUUUUUCAUAGAAGAGAUUCGAAGGAGUCCUCAGUGCUUUCAUUACACGCAUAGUGUCUCUCAGGAAGGCAGGAGUCUCAUAGAUGACCUUAUGAAAGGAUCAACACAAGUGGUAGUCUGUUUCCUCCCUUGUAAGAGGUACUUGAGAUAUAAAGGAACAUAGUUUGUUCCAAGGCAAGGUUAAUACCUUGAGGGGGUGAAAAAAUUUCCCCGUUUAGAUCCCUACGAUUAGCUUCGUUGUGUAGAAAAUUGUCGGUCUCUUGAUUAACAGAUAGUGGGAAGGCGUUGCCACUGCACCGCACUUCACUGCUUUAUUUUCUGAGGGUUCCCAUAUGAUAGAAUCAUUUAUGGCUCUCCACAAUGACAUUUCAGCGUAUUGGCUACCCAUACUGUCCCUGUAAUAGCUACCGUUCUGAACUGCACUUUUUUAAUGGUACCCAACUUAUAUAUCUC